UAUCCUUCCGCUAGUGAGUAAACCGGCUCCUUCCCUUCCGACAGCAGCGCGAGAGCGAGCAGCAACCGCCGCUCUGAGAAAAAUAAAUAUCUAUUGAAUGAUAAAAAUAAAAUACAAACCUAUAAAAAAUAUAUACACAAGUUGGGGGGGGGGAUCGUAUUGCUUCAUUUGUUUUCCGUUUCGUCCCUUUGAUGGCAUAUUGAUUGUAUAAGUACAUAAAAUAAUCCGGUUUCUGUGGUGGUGGAUAACGCUCGGGCAGAAUGGAGCUUAUUACAAUCCUCGAAAAAACCGUCUCUCCAGAUCGCACUGAACUGGAAGCAGCUCAGAAAUUUCUGGAACAGGCGGCUAUUGAGAACUUGCCCACUUUCCUUGUGGAACUCUCCAAAGUGCUUGCAAACCCAGGAAACAGCCAGGUUGCCCGAGUCGCCGCAGGCCUACAGGUCAAGAACUCGCUGACUUCCAAGGACCCUGAUGUGAAAACGCAGUACCAGCAGAGAUGGCUCGCCAUCGACGCCAACGCACGAAGGGAAGUCAAGAACUAUGUGCUGCAAACUUUGGGUACAGAAACAUACAGGCCCAGUUCAGCCUCCCAGUGCGUGGCUGGUAUUGCCUGUGCGGAGAUCCCAGUGAACCAGUGGCCUGAACUCGUUCCCCAACUCGUAGCAAAUGUCACAGACCCCAGCAGCACUGAACACAUGAAGGAGUCAACACUGGAAGCCAUUGGGUACAUCUGCCAGGACAUUGACCCAGAGCAGCUGCAGGACAAUGCGAAUCAGAUCCUAACGGCCAUCAUCCAGGGCAUGAGAAAAGAGGAGCCCAGCAACAAUGUCAAACUGGCAGCUACCAACGCCCUGCUCAAUUCCUUGGAGUUCACCAAAGCAAACUUCGACAAAGAGACCGAAAGACACUUUAUUAUGCAGGUAGUUUGUGAAGCAACGCAGUGUCCAGACACAAGAGUCCGAGUAGCUGCCUUGCAGAACCUGGUGAAGAUCAUGUCCCUGUAUUAUCAGUACAUGGAGACAUACAUGGGUCCAGCUCUGUUUGCAAUUACAAUCGAAGCAAUGAAGAGUGACAUUGAUGAGGUGGCCUUGCAAGGAAUUGAGUUCUGGUCAAACGUAUGUGAUGAGGAGAUGGACUUGGCUAUUGAAGCAUCCGAGGCAGCUGAGCAAGGAAGACCCCCAGAGCACACCAGCAAAUUCUAUGCCAAAGGAGCGCUUCAGUACUUGGUGCCCAUCCUCACACAGACCCUGACUAAACAGGAUGAGAAUGAUGACGAUGAUGACUGGAACCCUUGCAAGGCGGCGGGCGUGUGCCUCAUGCUGCUGGCGACCUGCUGCGAGGACGACGUCGUGCCCCAUGUGCUGCCCUUCAUCAAGGAGCACAUCAAGCACCCUGACUGGAGGUACCGGGACGCCUCCGUCAUGGCUUUCGGGUCCAUCCUCGAGGGGCCGGAGCUCAACCAGCUCAAACCGCUCGUCAUUCAGGCCAUGCCCACGCUGAUUGAGCUUAUGAAGGAUCAGAGUGUGGUGGUCCGGGACACCACUGCCUGGACGGUGGGACGAAUCUGUGAGCUGCUCCCGGAAGCCGCCAUCAACGAGGUCUACCUGGCUCCACUGCUGCAGUGCCUGAUUGACGGGCUGGGUGCGGAGCCCAGGGUGGCCUCCAACGUGUGCUGGGCUUUCUCCAGCUUGGCAGAAGCUGCAUAUGAGGCUGCUGAUGUGGCCGAUGACCAGGAGGAGCCGGCUACCUACUGCUUAUCCUCCUCGUUUGAGCUGAUCGUACAGAAACUCCUGGAGACCACAGACAGGCCUGAUGGACAUCAGAACAAUUUGAGGAGUGCGGCGUAUGAAGCCCUGAUGGAGAUUGUAAAGAACAGUGCGAAGGACUGCUACCCAGCUGUACAGAAAACUACUCUAGUCAUCAUGGAGAGGCUGCAGCGAGUGUUGCAGAUGGAGUCUCACAUUCAAAGCACAUCCGACAGAAUCCAGUUCAACGACUUGCAGUCUCUGCUCUGCGCCACGCUCCAGAACGUUCUGCGCAAGGUGCAGCACCAGGACGCCCUGCAGAUCUCGGACGUGGUGAUGGCGUCUCUGCUGAGAAUGUUCCAGAGCACCGCAGGGUCCGGGGGGGUGCAGGAGGACGCGCUCAUGGCGGUCAGCACUCUUGUCGAAGUCUUGGGCAGUGAUUUCUUGAAAUACAUGGAAGCCUUUAAACCUUUCCUAGGUAUUGGGCUGAAAAAUUAUGCAGAAUAUCAGGUUUGCUUGGCGGCAGUGGGGCUAGUCUGUGAUCUGUGCAGAGCUCUAAUGACAAAUAUUCUGCCACACUGCGAUGAGAUCAUGCAACUACUGCUGGAAAACCUGGGGAAUGAGAACGUGCACAGGUCUGUGAAGCCCCAGAUUCUCUGUGCGUUUGGUGACAUUGCCCUGGCCAUCGGUGGAGAGUUCAAGAAGUACCUUGAGAUUGUGCUGGACACUCUCCAGCAGGCGUCCCAAGCACAGGUUGACAAGACGGACUAUGACAUGGUGGAUUAUCUGAAUGAACUGCGGGAGGGGUGUCUGGAAGCGUACACGGGCAUCAUUCAAGGACUGAAAGGCGACCAGGAAAAUGUGCAUCCGGAUGUGAUGUUGGUGCAGCCUCGUGUAGAAUUCAUUCUUUCCUUCAUUCACCACGUUGCAGAAGAUGAGGAUCACUCCGAUGGAGUAGUGGCUAAUGCUGCUGGCCUUAUAGGUGAUCUGUGCACAGUGUUUGGUAAAGAUGUCAUGAAGUUAGUGGAGGUGAGGCCUAUGAUUAAUGAACUGCUAACUGAGGGCAGGAGAUCAAAGACGAGCAAAACUAAAACUCUCGCUACAUGGGCUACCAAGGAGCUGCGGAAACUAAAGAAUCAGGCUUGAUUUCAUACCAUUGGGGAAAACGUCUUGAGAGAACCCCACUGGAAUUAUCCAAUCUUUUGAGAGAACAAAAAUUGAAGCAGAAGUGAGGAGUGUGCACGGAUGAUGAGUGUUUGGGAAUGUGAGAGAAUGAGUGAGUGAGGCUUGGAAUCACACCACCUUCUGAAUACUAUUCCAGCAGCAGCCGUCAUAGCCUCGGCAGCGUGUCCACUCGCUGAAAUGCUGAAUUCAAUUGAAAAACUGUGGACAGCUGUAACCAGCAACAGUUCAAGAACGAAAAAGGAACAUUUUCAAAACAAAAGGUUCACCAAAACUAUAAAUUAACAGCCAAACUUGAGGAUAUAUAUUUUUUUUUCCAAAAAAGAAAAAAAAAAAAACUGACGGGACUCUUGUUGAAGAAUGCAAAUCCUGGAUUUGAAAAUAUAAAAACUUCAAUAAAUAAACAGAAGAUUUUUUUUGUAAAGGGGACUUGCUGCUGGAGUUGAAGAAAGCUUAAAUGAGAAACAGUUGGAUUCCCUAGCCCUGCUCUUGUAACUGUUCGUUAAACCAUUGUGCUGCUUAUGCAUGGGGUAUCUUGCAAGCUGGUUUGUAAGGGUAAAUUCCAGUUGAGAGUGCGUGUGUGUGAGUGAGGAGGUAUCUACUUUCUUCACAUCGAUAUAUAAAACAAUAAAUAAGUAAAAAUAGAAACAACUCAUCACAAAUAAGUUAGUGAACGCAUUUCAGAAACUUAGAGCCCAGUCAACUAAUGGCAGCACAAGAGAAAUUGAAAAAUUAAGUCGCUUUUCUUCUGUAGGAGAAUCACUGACGAAUGUUCAGAGCUUCCAUUUGAAGGUUAAAAGCUGUUGGGGACAAAGUUAAUCGGAAAGAAAAACUGUUCUUCCCCGUCUAGAAAUAUCAAACUGAAUUACAUUUUUUUCUGAAGAUACACAGGGAUCGAAAAAAAUAAAUAAAGUAAUAAAAGCUGAAAUAUACAAAAUGCAGUUAAUUUAACAGAUAGCACUUUGGAAAUGGUCCCACUUGUAAUACAUCAAUCCAAACAAAAGUAGUGUGCCAAAGAAUUUACUAAACGAUACAAAAAUCAGGUAAUAUUUUGGACUGUGGUGUACAAAAAAAAAAGCAGUUAAAUAGAUCUGAAAAGAAGCUUGUCCUUUUGGGAAAUAGCAGUGGUCUUUCUGUGCUUUGUAUUAAAAUUGAUAAAUUGUGAUAUUGGUCUUUUACUGCACUUAAUAAAAAAAAAAAAAGUGAAAAAAAAACACUUACUGAGCUUGUGAAAGAAACAAUGAGGCACGUGUAAAAGGUUCUAUUUUUCCACAGCCGUGAACAAAUAAAAUGGUAUCUAACAUUC